GCAGCGCGCUAGGACCUGGCAAGCCCCAGGCAGGCAUUGCCGGCAGCGCUCUGGCAGAACGGUGCGGGAUCCUGCCAUGUCAAUCGGCAGCACCGCGGGAAGAAGCCUGCCGGCUCUGGAAAACACAUGGAUCCCAGCACCUCCAUGAUUACAUCUACAAAGGAGAGCCAGCACCAGCACUGCUGGGCACCGUGCAGCAGCUGAGCCCUGCCAUGAAGCUUCCCAGCUCUGCCAUCCCAGGACGCAGCACUACUGAAAGCCAGGUUGGGCUGUGUGAGGAAGCAGAGGGACGGCGGGGCACUGGAGAUCUGCGUGGCUCCCUGUGAGUGGUGACGUGCCCAGCUGGAUUGCCGUGCCAUAGGCAGAGCUCGGGAGGGGAUCGCAGCCCACUCCUUCCCCACCUCGCCCCAGCCAGGCUCAGGCCACCAGACGGAGAGCAGCCACGAGACUUACUGGGACCUGUGCUGACUCUUGCCACACAAGAUGACAGCAAGAGAUGGGCCGCAAGAUAGGUACAAGGCUGUCUGGCUGAUCUUCUUCAUCCUUGGCCUGGGAACGCUGCUGCCAUGGAAUUUCUUCAUGACUGCCAGGAAGUAUUUCAUUGAUCAGCUUGCGGACCCGGAAAAGAAAAAGACGAACCAGACCAGUGAGGCUGCCAUGUCCUCCAACUACCUGCAGACCAUGUUUGACAACUUCAUGACUCUCUGCUCCAUGCUGCCCCUCCUCAUCUUCACCUGCCUCAACUCCUUCAUCCACCAGCGGAUUCCCCAGCAGAUCCGCAUCUUGGGCAGCCUGGUGGCCAUUGGGCUGGUGUUUUUAGUCACUGCGAUCAUGGUGAAGGUCACCAUGGAGCCUCUUUCCUUCUUCGUCUUUACCAUGAUCAGCAUCGUCUUCAUCAACUCCUUUGGCGCCAUCCUCCAGAGCAGCCUCUUUGGGCUGGCAGGGCUCCUGCCUGCCAGCUACACAGCUCCCAUCAUGAGUGGGCAGGGCUUGGCUGGCAUCUUUGCUGCUUUGGCGAUGAUCGUCAGUAUUGCCAUUGGCGCCCAGCAACCAGAGAGCUUCAUUGGUUACUUCACCACAGCCUGUGUGGCGAUUGUGCUGGCAAUCUCCUCCUACAUCCUUCUGCCUCGCCUGGAUUUCUUCCGAUACUACUCCAUGAAGGACAAGACAGAGUACCGUGUGUACAAUGCAGAGCUGGAGACCAAGAGAGACCUGAUUAAGAAAGAUGAGCCCAAUGGGGUGGAGCAGAAUAACUCAAAGAUCAUCCCUAUCCACAACCCUGAUGAGACGCCCUCGGUUGUUGCUAUUUUUAAGAAGCUCUGGGUUAUGGCUGUGUCUGUCUGCUUUGUCUUCACUGUCACCAUCGGCGUCUUUCCUUCCAUCACAGCUAAGGUGUCCACUGUCUUUGGAGAGGAAAACAGAUGGCAUUUAUACUUCAUCCCUGUCUCCUGCUUCCUGCUCUUUAAUGUCUUUGACUGGAUGGGACGGAGUCUCACUGCUCUCUUCACAUGGCCCGGCAAGGACAGCUGCCUCCUGCCAAUGAUGGUGGCCCUCCGUGUCGUCUUUAUCCCUCUUUUCAUGCUGUGCAAUGUGCAACCCCGUCAAUACCUGCCUGUCUUAUUCUCUCAUGACGCCUGGUACAUCAUCUUCAUGAUCUUCUUCUCUGUCUCCAAUGGCUACCUGGCCAGCCUUUGCAUGUGCUUCGGGCCCAAGAAAGUGCUUGCCCAUGAAGCAGAGACAGCUGGAGCCAUCAUGGCCUUUUUCCUGUCACUGGGCUUAGCCCUAGGAGCUGCUGUCUCCUUUCUGUUCCAAAUUCUCAUCUAGCGGAGGCACACGGAGGGUGUAGGGACACCGAGAGAUGGCUCUGCAUUCUCCCCCGAGGCCCUGGACACCUCGGCUCACACCUCACACCUGCACUGCCACGGCAGACGUUACACCACCCAGGGACGUUCCACUCCUGCAGGGUUGGCCUGGCUCCUGCCACGAUCAGCUGUGUGAUGCCUUCAGGCCUAUGUGCCUUCUCCCUCCCCACGCUGUGUGUCUGUGUGUGUGCGCGCGCAAGACCCCCGGGAUCUCGCAGAAGUCCAGCCGCCUCCCACGCUGUGUAAUUUCCCCAGCUCAAGGCCAAGAUCCAUUCUCAGCUUCCUCCCCUCUGACAGAGUUGGAGGCCGGUAUCCAGUGUUAUUUCUUCUCUUGCCCUUGCCCCCAAGGCAUCCAGGCACUUGCUGUCCUCUCCUCUCCUUCCAGGGGGCCUGGAAACAUUCCACACCACCUCUCCUCCUGGUGAGACUUGAAAAGGGGAGGAGAGCCCUUGCCAGCCUUGCCAUCCCCACUCUGCUAGGCACACAUCCCCCUACCCAGCAGCAUCCUGGGGGUAGACACCCGUGUUCCACCACAGAAAGAGCCAACACUGUGGCUAGGCUGAGGAGGAAGAGGUCUCCACACCCCACCUUCUCCCCCUCUCCUUGCCUUUGUUCCCUACUUUUUUUUUUCCUGGUGAUUCUUCCAUUUUCUUAAACAGGAGGUCCCACUGUGGGCUGCAAGAGGAGAGGUGGCAGCUCCCUUCCGAUCCAAGCUACCUUCUCUGCCUGCCUGUGCUGCAGGGGAAGCCCAACCUCUCCCUUGGCUUUCCCAGCCCCCAUCUGCAUAAAUAUAUCAGUAGAGUUGCAGUUUUCUAUAAAAAGACUAAAACACC